AUGUCUCUUCAAACCUACAUUGACAAAAAAGUCCUUGUCAUCACAGUCGAUGGUCGCAGUCUGGUCGGAACCCUCCUGUCUUGCGAUCAGGUCACCAAUAUCGUCUUGAACGACACUGUCGAGCGAAUUAUCCGGCCUGCCGAUGACCCUGAGCCGAGCUCCCAGGUCAGCCAUGGGUUGUACCUGGUGAGAGGGGACAAUAUCACGAUUGUGGGACUUGUGGAUGAAGAAUUAGACAACAGUAUCGACUGGGAAAAGGUGCGAGGAGAGGUUAUUGGGACUACGAAACAUGUGUGA